AUGUCUCCAAAUUUUUCAAUCAAGGAAUACUAUCUGAAAGAUGUAUUCAAGGCACAAGUUCAAUUAUUUGAUACGCCCAAUCCUCAAGUUUACACUCGAAUACCACACAUGUUCUUUAGGAAUUCUUCAGUAUUGCUCCUAAUAUUUGAUGUAACUUUGAAAUCUUCAUUUGAGAGGAUUUCUCAAAUCUCAAAAAAUUAUGUGGAGCAAUUAAGAGAGAAAAAUGAGCACCCUGAAAUUAUGAUAAUUGGAACGAAAACAGAUCUUGAUGAAUCUUUGAGAGUUGUUUCAUAUAAUGAAGCAUUAGGAUUGGCCUUUAAACAAUUCGAUGGUUCGCUCUAUUUUGAACUAUCCAACACAGAUAUCAAACAACCAAUUUCAGUUAUAUGGUAUUGUUUAAUUCAGAGAUAUUUAUUGCAACAGAGCUUGGUACACAUCCAAACAGAUCCAACCAGACUCUAA